CCUCCUUCCUCUCAUCAUCCGUCAGUAGAGACCAGCUCUCGGUGUAUGUGCUUAUCAUUCAGAAGCUGUUCGACUGGUAGCCACAGCGCAAAGCACACUUUACGCACGCGGGAUGAGGCUUCGGUGCUAGCCGUCCUGGCCUCUCCUCUCGUUAAAGGAGUUCUACCUUGGUUCCGAGUCAGCUGGGACUUAAAGCGGACCUGUCUUUCCCUGGUACUUCGAAGGUCUCCACGCGCUGGAAAUGGCAGGAGCACAACCGGGCGUCCACGCGCUACAGCUCAAGCCUGUGUCGGUGUCUGACAGCCUGAAGAAUGGGAGCAAAUUCAUGAAAUGGGAUGAUGACACCACUGCUGUCACCCCAGUGACCCUACGGGUCGACCCCCAGGGCUACUUCCUGUACUGGACGGACCAGAAUAAGGAAACUGAUGUGCUGGACAUUUCCUACAUCAAGGACACUCGGACGGGGAAGUAUGCCAAGCUGCCUAAGGAUGUGAAACUGCGUGAGCAGCUGGAUGUUGGCACUCUGGUGGGGAAGAUGGAGAACCGCAUGAUGACGGUGGUCAGUGGGCCGGACAUGGUCAACAUCACCUUCCUCAACUUCAUGGCCUUCCAAGAGGAGGUGGCCAAGGAGUGGACAGACGAGCUCUUUAGCCUGGCUUCCAACCUGUUGGCUCAGAAUAUGUCACGUGACGCCUGCCUGGAUAAAACAUACACCAGACUGAAGCUGCAGACCAACCCUGAAACCGGCAUCCCAGUGAAGAAUAUAUUCCGGAUGUUCUCAGCAGACCGGAAGCGUGUGGAGACAGCGCUGGAGAACUGCAAUCUACCGUCUGGACGGAAUGAUACUAUUCCACAGGAGGACUUUACUCCAGCGAUUUUCCGUGUGUUCCUCAACGGCAUCUGCCCCAGACCAGACCUCGAUAUGAUCUUCUCUGAAGUCGGGGCGAAGAGCCGGCCCUACCUAACGUUGGAGCAGCUGACCGAUUUCAUCAACAAUCGCCAGCGAGACCCGCGGCUAAACGAGAUCCUCUACCCGCCCCUCAAGGCCGAGCAGGUGCAGGCAUUGGUGGACAAGUACGAGCCCAGCACCAUGCUCACCCAGAGAGGUCAAAUAUCAGUUGAAGGGUUCACGCGCUACCUGAGCGGGGAGGAGAACAGCAUCAUCCCUCCAGAGAAGCUGGAUCUGAGUGAAGACAUGACGCUCCCCCUCUCCCACUACUUCAUCAACUCCUCCCACAACACCUACCUCACAGCGGGCCAGCUGGCAGGAAACUCCUCAGUGGAGAUGUAUCGUCAGGUGUUGCUGUCAGGGUGUCGCUGUGUGGAGCUGGACUGCUGGAAGGGUCGCACCGCUGAGGAGGAGCCGAUCAUCACGCAUGGAUUCACCAUGACAACAGAUAUCUCCUUCAAGGAAGUCAUAGAGGCCAUUGCAGAAAGUGCAUUUAAGACUUCGCCAUUCCCCGUCAUCCUGUCCUUUGAGAACCAUGUGGACUCCCCGAAGCAGCAAGCGAAGAUGGCAGAGUACUGCCGGUCAAUAUUCGGAGAGGCAUUGCUCAUAGAUCCACUUGAGAAAUACCCGCUGGAGCCUGGUGUGGCUUUGCCCAGUCCCAUGGACCUGCUGGGCAAGAUCCUGAUCAAGAACAAGAAGAAAUCCCACAAGGCCGAUGGCAGCACCAAGAAGAAGCUCACAGAGCAGACGUCUAAUCCCUACAGUGACACCUCCAGCAUGUGUGAGCCUUCCUCACCCAGUGCAGGGUCGACGCACCAUGAGCCGGCUGAGCGGGAGCGAGAGCGGGACCCCACACAGCAGUCCCCACCUGAGGGAAGUGAGGGAGGCUCACAAAGGAGGAAGUUUAUCGGUGAGGUGGAGGUAGACAGCGAGGAAGAGGAGGAUGAUGACGAAGAAGGAAAAAAGUCAGUGGAUGAGGACACAGCUGGCAGUGAGACAUUUGCAACUGAGGAAAUGUCCAACCUGGUCAACUACAUUCAGCCUGUGAAAUUCAACUCUUUUGAGGGAGCAAAGAAGGUCAAUCGGAGCUAUGAGAUGUCAUCCUUCGUGGAGACCAAGGCCCUGGAAAACCUCACCAAGUCCCCUGUGGAGUUUGUAGAGUAUAACAAGUUCCAGCUGAGCCGUAUCUACCCAAAGGGCACGCGCUAUGACUCCUCUAACUACAUGCCCCAGGUCUUCUGGAACACUGGCUGCCAACUGGUGGCCCUCAACUUCCAGAUGAUCGACCUGUCCAUGCAGUUGAACCUUGGCAUGUUCGAGUACAACAGGAAGAGUGGCUACCGGGUCAAACCAGAGUACAUGCGCCGCUCCAACAAGCAGUUUGACCCCUUUACAGAGCGCACAGUGGACGGCAUCGUGGCCAACACACUCUCAGUGAAGAUCAUCUCUGGACAGUUCCUCUCGGACAAGAAGGUCGGCACGUACGUGGAGGUGGACAUGUUUGGCCUUCCAGUUGACACCAAGAGGAAAGCCUUCAGGACCAAGACAUCUCCGGGAAACUCCCUCAACCCAGUGUGGGAGGAAGAGCCCAUAGUCUUCAAGAAGAUUGUCCUGCCCACUCUGGCUUCGUUGAGGAUAGCUGUGUUUGAGGAUGGAGGGAAGUUCAUUGGACAUCGGAUCUUACCUGUCUCAGCUAUUCGACCAGGUUACCACUAUGUGGCUUUGAGGAAUGAGAAGAACCAGUGUUUGACACUGCCCACUCUGUUUGUCUGCAUUGAGGUGAAGGAUUAUGUACCCGACACAUUUGCAGAUGUGAUUGAGGCCCUGUCCAACCCCAUUCGCUAUAUCAGUCUGAUGGAGCAAAGAGCCAAUCAGCUGGCCGCUCUUACGCUGGAGGAGGGAGGAGAGGAGCCCGAGCACAAAGAGGUGGAGAAGGGCGGGGACUCACCCUCGGAACACAAAGCUGAGCCCAAUCCACUUCCUGCUGAGAACGGCAUGAACCACGCCCCUCUCAUCACCACCAAACCCCCGUCUGUUAACCAGCAGCCACCGCCUACAGCUAAACCUGCAGUGAAAUCGGAGGACAUCAUUCAGACUGUGCUGACAGACGUGCAGGCCCAGUCUCUGGAGGAGCUGAAGCAGCAGAAGGCGUUUGUGCGCGAGCAGCGGCGGCAGUACAAGGAGCUCAAGGAGCUGGUCAAGCAGCACCACAAGAAGACGGCCGAGCUCAUCAAGCAGCAGACGGCCAAGCACAGCGAGCUCAAUGCCCAGCUGCUGCGCCGACGCUCCUCCCUGCAGAAGAGUGCCCGAAGAGACGGUAAGAAAAGAUCUGACUCUCAGCACAGCCUGAGCGCACUGGAGCAGGAGCUGGCGUCUCUGGAGGAGGAGAGUAGCCAGCGACUGACCGAGCUCAAGGACCAGCAACAGCAGGAGCUGCUCCAACUGCGCCAGGAACAGUACUACAGUGAGAAGUACCUUAAGCGGGAGCACGUCAAACAGCUCGUAGAAAAGCUCACAGCUGUAGCUGAAGAGUGUCAGAACAGCCAACUGAAGAAACUGAAGGAGCUGUGUGAAAAGGAGAAGAAGGACCUGAAGAAGAGGAUGGACAAGAAGAGACAAGAGAAGAUCAACGAGGCCAGGUCACGAGAGAAGAAUGUUACAGACGAGGAGAAGCUGGAAAUCAACAGGACAUUUGUCAACGAGGUGGUCCAGUACAUAAAACGGCUUGAAGACGCUCAGAGCAAACGUCAGGAGAAGUUACUGGACAGACAUAAAGACAUCCGGCAGCAGAUCCUGGACGAGAAGCCAAAGUUGCAAGGCGAGCUGGACCAGGAGUACCAGGACAAGUUCAGGCGACUUCCGGUGGAGAUUCAGGAGUUUGUGCAGGACACGGCUAAAGGCUGCCUGCACCUCUCCAAAAUGUCCAUCUCCACGACAACCGAGAGACUGAACCGCAAAACAUCGCCGUCUGAGGAGGAUGUAGAUGAAAGUCUGUCCGAAAGGGUGUUUGACACACCCUUCUGAAACCGUCCCACACACACACACACACACACACACACACACACACACACACACACACUUCUGAAACUGUCCCACACACACACACACACACACACACGCACAGACACACACACAGACACACACACACACACACACACACACACACACACACAUACUGUACACACACAAAGCUCUCACAUAUGCACACUUACACUCUCAGAAUCUGUAGUUCUGUUGGCAUAUGUAAAUACCUAUUUUUAAUUUCUAUGUUGUUAAAUGAUCUCUUUUAAACCUUUGGGUACGACCAUAGUUAAAAUAGAGAUUUUGCUUAAAGACAGAGAGAACGAAAAAAAAGGACUUACUUGAACUACUGUGUUGCACGACUGUUUCCGAUGUGUACUCUUAAGAUUAUUUAGUCCUAUGGGAACCUCAUAUUGUGGACUGUUUUGUGGAGUAACAUUGCUAGUAAGUGGACUUAUACUACUACAUGUGCACUAAAAACUCUACCCUAGCAAGAGUACCAUCAUCAUCAUAAAUUAUAAUCGUUUUUAAUAAUAUUGAAGAGAGCUAAUGUUGGAUUUUUAUCGAAUGCCAUGAGAGUUUGUGUUGCCAGAUUCCAAAACCCCUAAAGCCUCUCUGUCUUCGGUUCGGCUUGGGUUAGGAGCCCUUUUCGUUAGCUGUGUGUGUGUGUGUGUGUCGGAGGGUAGGGACCAAGGGUGAGGAGACCCCCACCCACCCCCCUCCACCACCACCAGGUGCUCUCCUAUAACCAGGAUCGCCACUGUUGCAGUAGUACUGCAGUUCUCCUCCAGGUUUACCUGAAGUCUCCUCACCUUAAAUGGUUCGACCAGCAGGGUCUGGAAAAACCUCUGCACCUGUUAGAGUGAGGGACGUCUUGUUGUGGACAGACUGAAGGGGUUUGGUUCCUGGGGAACACACCUCUGUGUGUUAUGCAUGAGGUAGACAUGAGUGACUCAAGGGAAUUUACUACUGCAUCUUUAGUACAACCCUCCUGGACAAGAAGACACCUGAGAAGAGUAAUGGAUUAGAAUAAUGGAUUAUAAAAGAAAAGAAUGUGGAUUCCAUAGUGGGCGAUCUGAUGUAUAUAUUUAUUCACAGGUGAAGUGACCUGGGCCGUGGUAGAUUGAGGUUGCAGAUUGACUAUGCCACUGUACGUUAUACGAGGUCAGACCGAAAUGUCUGCCCCUGGGCAGUGAGAGGGUGUUAUAACCACAAAGCAGGUUACACUCACCCAGAUGACUGCAGGUGAACCUGAAUUGGCACUUUCAACACAUGAGCAGAAGUUAGAGAUUGCUCAGAUUUUGAAGAACGCUCAGAAUUGUGAGGUUUUCAGCUUUCCCGUAUCACAGUUGAUCUGGCCAACCCAAAACCUUGCUUCCUAGUGCCGUCCUGUUCUGUGACUCACCACUGGUCUUCUGUUUUCCUUAAGACUGCUGCUGCAUCGAUAGGUCAUUCAUAACUGUGGUAAUGUGUCUUGUAAGAUAUUAUUUGAGGUAUUUAACAUAUUUUGUAGAAAUUUGGUCAAUUCCAUAUCUUCUUUUACAUUUAAUAUAUUUUACAACUUUUUUUGUUUGUGUAUUUGUUUUUGUUUUGUUUAGAUUAUAAUAAUAACCAAACUAGGAAUAGUUUGGGUUUGGGAGUGAAUGAUAUUUCAUGCACCUGCAUGUGUUGUACACUUGUAAAUGUCUGGUAUGAUGCAUUAACAUAGAAAUGUACAUAAAAACAUUGAUGAUGAUAAAGAAAUGAUACAUAUAUUAUAUCAAGAUUACCCAUACAUGCAUAGUAUAUACACAUUCAUAACCUUUGAACCCCUUACAUAGUGUCUGCUCAAAUAAACGCCAAUCUACACAUUUCACAGACACAGCAUGUGUCCUGCAGCAUUUAUUCCAUAGAUGAUUCUCUCUCUCUUGGACCCUGUUUACAUUAGUUUUUAUGAUUUGUCUUGGGUGAUCCAAUCACAGGUGGGCAGUUCUAAAUACAAGGGUAAACAACCACCAAGACACAUUGUGAUCCAAUCACUCAAACCACUUGUCGAGGUGGUCUGAGACGCAUUUGACCACAUAUCUUUUGUAGUGUAGACGCUAAUGGAUUCUGAUGCAUCCCAGGCAAUGGGAGUUCUAAGGAAUGUGAUGCUAACAAUAGCAGAAUCUAAACACAGGUGGUCAGCAAUGUCUGGCUGUACACCUUGAAUGUGUAUGUGUGUAAACCGCAAUGUGUCUCGGCUGAACACUUGUGAUCGGAUCACCCAGACGCAUUCUAAAACAACGCAAACAGGCCUGUAGAUUCUGUCUUUGAAGGUGAAGCAUGUGAUUCUGGCGUAAGGUAGUUUAUAUUUGAGCAGCCAACCAAACAACAUCCUUUCCUUCCUGAUGCAACAUGUUGCUGGGAUUGUUUAUGUCUGAGCCACUGUGUUUGCUUCCCGUUCACAGUGGCAGUACUGCGUAGGAACGCCAGAGGUUUUGUUUUUGUUUUGGUUUGUUUGUUUUAAUCACACACUCUAAACACACAACUAUAGAGCUAUAUGACAAGCAAUCAGCUGAAUUUGGCAAAAAGGGAACUAUGUAAAUUUGGUGAUUAGUGAAUUGGGCAAAACGUAAACUGUUGGCUGAAUUUGGCAAAAAAGUGAAAAAAAGUGAACUGUGACAUAAAGUGAACCUUGAAAAAUGGUUCACUGCUGUCUGCUGUGAGGACAAAAGCCACCUGCAUGUUCCACUACUGAACAUCACUCACAUCAGCAUCUGGCAGGAAGUGGCACUGGAGCAAACUGAUGAGUCCCUCUCAGGGGCCGAUGGCCGGCGACGCCAACAGCAGUCUCCCAUCCGGAUGGAUCGCUAAUGGGCCCUUGAGUGCUCCGCUUCGCUUGCUCUCAAGAGCGCAGCUUACUGAGGCCUGGCCCUUCUCAAGUCACACACACACAUCUCCCUCAGCAGCCUGGGGGGAAUUUUAAUGACUGGAACCAUGAGUGUCUUCCACCAUUAAAGUACUUAGGAACUUCUAGAAAACUAGAUCUGGACACAAUCGGAACCGACUGGUGUGACCCAGAACGUAGAAAAGUUGAUUCCCCAGGCUUCCACCAUUAAAGAUGAAGUCCGCAAUUCAGUUUUGUUCAAGUUUUGCCCCCGUCUUUUUCAUAAGUUGGUAUUUAAGAUCAACAGCCAAUCAAAUUAUACUUGCUGUUCACCUGAAGCAUCAUGUUGACUGGAAUUUGGGUGAUUGGCUACAGUAUGUUUGUUUCCCAUUCACAGAACCAGAGGUUUUUUGUAGCACACACACAGUGUGUUUUGUGCAGAAACACAUAGAGGACCCAGAGGAGUUAUUGAAUUAAUUUGACGAAAAGUGUAUGGGACAAGAAUCACAGAAUAUGCUCGAAUAUGCUUCAUUUAAUUUAUCAUUUAUCUCAUUUAGUCAUUUAGCAGACACUUUCAUCUAAAUCAACUUACAAAAAUGAGGAAUAACAUUCAAGCUACAAUGCAGAGGAGACCUUAGGUAACAAUUAAUACUAACACCAAGGUGCUUAGUUAUAGCUUCCUUUGAGAAGGAUGUGAGUUGACUCUGAACCUGAUCAAGCCCAUGUGCACUGUUGCCACUGCUGUAGCUGAAACAUGCUCAUCUCUGCUCCAAAAUUUCCCUCACGGGAUCAAAAAAGUAUACUUAUACUUAUACUUAUACUUAUACUCUGUGCUGCUAGAGUCACCAACUGCCGAAUCCAAAAUAUGAUAGUUGGCAGCUGUCUUUCCAAAUCUGGUACACUGUUGUUCAUUCCGCAUGUCAGAUGAUCACCAGGGGCUUGAUUGGGUAAUCCAGGUAUGUGUGUGUGUGCGUGUGUCUGUCUGUUUGUCAAGUGUACUUCUACAAGCCGGAAUGGUCACAAAUGCACACCCAUAUGAGAGCACCUACACACACACACACACACACAUACACACAUAACCUGAGGGAAGGGCUGCUCUGACCCUGACCCACAUAUCAGAAAUAGAGGCAGAAAUUGCUUCAUUUGCCACCCGAGACUGCAGCCAAGUCUCCAACACAUCUGGACCAGAUCUGGACUAAACCCGUCCCACAUUCGGCUGCCACCUGGUGCUUGCGUUGCACUGAGCUACUGUAUGUUGGAAUGACGCUAAAUAUGCCUGUUAAUUACGCAUGAUUGUACAUUUGAUAUCAUGUUGUGGGACAGGACACAGUUGAACAAACGGGCUAUAAUUUCUAAUGCCAUGUUGAUAUGAGAAUCAUAAUGUAUGGAAAGCGCAAUGAUAGUCCAACUGUUGUGAAUUGUUGUAUGCUUGCAUACUUAUUGCCAUGUAAAUCUCUUAACCUCCUUCAACAUGUCACGGCGCUCAGACGUGCCCCCUCUGAUGUUUUGCUUCUUGACCCACAUCAUAGCAAUGCGGCUGGGGUUUGGAGUAACUAUCACUCAACACUUUGUCUUGUGUACAGACAUCUUUUACAUUUUAACCACGAGUGUUUAUGUUGACGCGGCAGUCCUGUGCCUUUUGUCUAAUAUGUUUUUGCCUGGGUUAAUGUUCAGUUUGGGGAGAUGCAAGCUAUAUGUGAGAAUGCCAUUGUGUACUGAAACUCGACUGCUGUACGGUUGUCUCAGUGGUUGGAUACUCUACGGCUCUGUCUCUGAUCUUUUGCGGUCGGAUCUGCUCCAGAGAUGUCUGGCCGCUAUGAAGGCAGUCUGCUAUGCAGUAGUCUGUGUGCACUAUCCCUCCCGCAUAGCUACUGACCAUUGGUGGCGAUUUCAGAAAUGUCUUUUGCAUUUUUUCCCUUUCCUUACCAUUUCCUUGUUGUACUGUAUGUUCAUGUUUUUGUUUUGUUUUGUUAAUACAUUAAUAUAUACAUUAAUAUAAAUGUGUAUAUGUUCUUGAGAAGCUGAAAAAACACACUGACACGCAGGAAACAAAGUGAAACUGACACACUGACUGUACAAAGUGGAGUCCAGUGGGACAUGAGUUGUGGUUAAAUAAACGUUGCUGGUGUAUA